AUGUGCAACGAAUCUCUAUCAGGACUGUCAGAAGAGGCUGCCUCAAUUCAUGUCAACGGAUGCAUAGAUGCGGCCCCAAGUCCAGUCGAAGAAGAGAAUCGAAAUAAUGCAGUACAGGCCAUAAACGCUCUACCUGCCUCAGAGAUCAGCUGGUCUGAAUUCCUUGAAAAUAUUGAGUCAUUCAAGGGGAUAUGGGCAUGUAACGCCUGCAAGUCAGACACACUACAGCCUAUUAGUGACAAGACAUGUAAUUCAUGUGGCUUGGAAAGAGACUAUCGUUGUCCGAGUUCAAAAAACGACUUUCAGCGUCAGCCAUUCGACCGCUACUGGACACUUCUGACAUCGUUAAACCUGAGCAUUCUAGACAUUCCCGACGGUAGUGUAGUGCGGCGAAAGAUACUGUUGCUAGGUGAUACAUUGUGUGGGAAGACAUUUCUUGCUAGUGCCUGGAGUCAGGAUAAAACGCCAGUUGGGGACACACCGCUUGUCAAUAACUUCGUCAAGAAGAUGACAAAUCAAGGCCGUCAAGUUGAACUCGCCAUCUGGGAUAAUACCGGUAUGGAUGGGUAUGAGAGACUACGUCGUCUUUCGUAUGAGGAUGUACAUGUUGUAUUGAUCUGUUUCGACAUCGCGGAGCCUGAUUCUCUUGAGAACAUAGAACAUAUGUGGAACAUUGAAGCCGACAGCCACCUCAAAGAUGUGCGCAAGAUACUUGUGGGUUGCAAGAAAGAUCUUCGUCAUGAUGAAGCAACUCUCGCCAGGUUGCACCAACAUCAGGCAAUGCCGAUAUCGCCAUACGCUGCCGACAAACUCGCCAUCAAGAUCCACGCGCUUGCGUAUUUUGAGACAUCGGCCGUUGAGAGGAAAGGCAUCACAGAUCUGUUCGACUACGUUGCAGAAGCCGCUCUAAGCAGGCCUCAUAAAACUAAAACCAGCGGACUCAGGAGGUUCCUAUCGAGGGGCGAUAUUAAGUUGCCAUCGCUAAGCGGGCAUACGGUAGCAUCUUCGUGA